ACAGGCCGCAUUUAUUAUGCAGACUUGAACUUUUGCCUUCUGAUUCAAACAAAAACACGUUGAAGAAACUUCAUCCACUCUCAAUCUCCAUCCAGGUAUAUAGAAACUGUUUACUCAAUAUCGUCAUCCCCAAAACACGAAAAAAUGCAGAAAUCAGAAGAAUUAGGGCAGAAAGAAAAGCAAUCAGAGAUUACCAAGCGGCCUCCAAUUUGGGAUUGUGGAAGCUCACUGUAUGAUUCCUUCGAGAGGAAAGCAUUUGAAAAACAACUCGAUUCCGCUAUAUCUUCGAGAACGCUCUCGAUGCCGCAUUUAUCUGAUCGCCACCUUGAACUGCCGCCGCAAAUUUCGAACAAAAAAAGUUCGAAAUUAUCACGGUCUUUUCACAAGCUACUCCGAUCUGUUUUCAGGCCGAAGCAGAACAAAUCAGGCCAAGGGUUUUAUGUUGCUUAUGAUACACCCAGUACACUUUCUACGAUUCCAGAGGCACCGGAAUUCGACAGACUUUCGCCGGAAAUAAGGUCUUUGGUAAGAAGAACAGCCUCCGAUAGAUUCACGGCGACUUCUGUCGAGAUUUAUUGUGCCUGAAAAUUGUACAAUUCUAUGACUAGAAUUUUAAUAUUUUUCUUAUUUUAUCGUGUCCGGUGUUAUGUAUUACUAUAUGCAAACAUAUUAUCAGCGCAUGCAAAAUCAUUAAUUUACGGCUUAAUUAAUGUAAUGAAUAAGUUUUAUUUAGCCGUUUAUUAACCAUUAUAUAUUUUAUAUUGGAUUCAAA